AAACGAUAUAUAAACCUCAGAGAUCCAUUGGCCCCGUUCCCCCACUUGCACUUCAAAUCAACAAAUUCACAGAUAAUGCUCAGAACAACCCCCAUCCGACUCGCUCAGGCUUCCGCCGCUCCCUCCAAAGCUGCCAUCCGCCCCCGAUCCAUCCCCAGACCUCCCCAGUCCCAGUUCACUGCCCUUCGUGCUACCCGCCGCUCCUACGCUACUGAGGUCCCCCCAUCAGGACCGGCAUCCGGGGCCACUGGCGGCGGCGGCGGUGGCAACGGCCCCAUGCUGCUCGUCCUCGCUGCGAUCGUCGGUGUUGGAGCUGGAGGCUACUACUACCUGAAACCCGUGCGGGAUGCUGCUUCGGUCGCCAACACUGUUGCCGACCAGGUCAAGACCAACAGCCCUGAUUUGAGUGAGCUCGCCGGCUACGCCAAGUCUGCCCUUCCUCCCGGAGUCUUCGCCCUCUACUCUCACCUUUCCAAACAGCCCGGUGGCAUCAAUGGCUUCCUUUCCAACCUCAAAGACAAGGACCUCAAGGAGGUGCUUGAAGAGCUCAAAAAGGUCGGCGGUGAUGAUGUGAAGCGGGUGGUCGACAAGGUGCAGAAGAAGAUUGAGGAUGCCAAGGGCAAUGUGGAGAAUGUCGACUGGAAGGCUUUGGUGGCGGACCUGAAGGGUGAACUCCCCGCUGGUAGUCAGAAGAUUGUCGACCUGCUGAUCGGCAAGCUUCCCGACAAGGCCGACAUUGACAACCUCGUCAAGAAGGCUAAGGAGGUUGGAGAAGACCAGCUGAAGCAGCUCGAAUCUUCUGCCAACAAGGUCUGGCUCAAGGUCGAGGAGGCCAGGAAGGAUGGCAAGGGUCAAGCCGAUGCUUUGCUCAAGGGUCUCAAGGAGGCUGCCCCUGCCGAUGUGGACGCCUUGAUCAAGCAGCUCAAGGAAGCCGCCAAGAAGGCUGGCUUGCCCGCCGACCAGACUGAAGCUUGGUUGAAGAGCAAGGUUGAUGAGGGCAAGAUCAACACUGAUGAACUCGUACGUCUUUCUACAUCGUCUGUCGUGUUCGCACGAAGCUGACAAUCUCAUAGGCUGGACAAGUCGAGAGCAAGCUCAAGACCGCUAGCAAGUUUAUCCCCGGCGAGCCCAAGGACCUUGUCAAGCAGGUUGAGCAGGUCAGCCCCUCGCUUGCCAAGCUUGUGGCCCAGGCUCUUCAGCAGUCUGGUGUGACGGACGAGAAUGGCAACAAGAAGCAAUAAUGGUAUAGCAUAGUAAGAGAAGACAUACGUAAGAAGUAAAUGCAUAGUAUAACACAUCCA